AUGACAAUAACAGAAGCCAAGCGCUACUUUGCAUUGCCAGAUGAGAAGAAGAUGCAGGUGUUCACCGGUCUCGUCCCCAAUGAGUAUGUUGGCUUCCAUCCGAUGGAAUGCUAUAACCGCAAUGGAUGGAAGCACCAAGAUUUGAGCGAAGCCUUCAACUGGGCCUACGACGCGCAGACAGACCCCGAAGCAGUUGAUAAGACAGAAAACUCCGUCAGCAUCUGGCCUAUCGACCUACCUGGUUUCCGGGACAACCUUUACGCCUAUCACACAGAGCUCCUCCGGCUCUCACGCCGGCUAACCCGCAUCUUCGCACUCGCUCUCCACCUGCCGGAAGAUUACUUCGACGAAUAUGUCAAGCGGCCAGAGGCGGGAAUGCGCAUCCUCCACUACCCAGAGCAGAAGCACUCGGUAGACGAACAAAACGGUAUCGGCGCGCACACGGACGUCGAAUGCUUCACCAUUGUUACUCAAGACUCUUCUGGCGGUCUCGAAGUUCUCAGCAAGUCCGGCAACUGGGUUAAGGCGGAUCCUAUCCCCGUGCAUUUCAACACAGCAACCCUCUUGCUUGCACUGUCUAGCACAGCCUUCGCCGAAUACAUCACCGUCUUCCACGCCAGCUGUUCGCCAGCACCACCAGCCGCGUACAAUGACAGCCUGCGCAACUGGAGGCAGAGAAUCUGUGAGACAGAGUUGAAGGGGAGCUAUUACGACGAGGACGACCAGUGCCAGGUGGUGGAUCCCGUUACUGCGGACACCAAGAAGGUCUACCACCCAACUCUAGGCGCGGCAGGUCAGCCCAACAUUAAGACGAGAUGCACCUGGUCAUGA